CUCUCAUCAUGGGAAACUGUCAACCAACAAUUGUGCCUUAUGAAGACUUUGAUGUAAUUGCGGACAUUAAGGCAAUCCGCAAAGCCUGCAAAGGUUUCGGAACGGACGAGAAAGCCAUCAUAGACAUCCUAGCCUAUCGAAGUGCAGCUCAGAGAAUGGAGAUCAAGCAAGCCUACUUUGAGAAAUAUGAUGACGAGUUGGUGGAUGUUCUGAAGAGUGAGCUGUCUGGGAAUUUUGAGAAUGCCAUUCUUGCCAUGUUGGACCCUCCUCACGUGUUUGCAGUUAAAGAGCUCAGGAAGGCAAUGAAGGGCGCAGGAACAGAUGAGGAUGUGCUGGUGGAGAUUCUGUGCACUGCUACCAAUGAUGAGAUUGCCUUUUACAAAGAGACCUACACCCAAGUGCAUGACAGGGAUUUGGAGAGUGACAUUGAAGGAGACACCAGUGGGGAUGUGAGGAGACUGCUAACAUUGCUUCUCCAGGGUAACAGAGACGAGAGCUACGAGGUUGACGAAGCACUGGCGGAGCAAGAUGCCGUUUCGCUGUUUGAAGCUGGAGAGGGCAGUCUUGGCACAGAUGAAUCUACUUUCAGUUUCAUUCUGGCCACCAGGAACUACUUACAACUUCAGGCCACGUUCAAAGCCUAUGAAGCCAUUUCUGGAACAGAUAUUCUGGAUGCAAUCGAUAAGGAAACCUCUGGAACUCUGAAGGACUGCUACACCACGCUUGUGAGGUGUGCUAAGAACCCCCAGCUGUUCUUUGCCCGGAGGUUGAACGCCGCUAUGAAAGGAGCCGGAACCGAUGAAGACACUCUCAUCCGCAUCAUCGUGUGUCGCUCAGAGGUUGAUCUGGAGACUAUUAAAGACAUGUACCUGGAGAAAUACGACGUGACUCUGAAAGACGCCAUCAGCUCUGAAUGCGGAGGCGAUUUCAAGCGCCUCCUGCUGGCCAUCCUUCACUGAGAACAACAUUCAGCCACUGGCGCUCCAGGCUUUAACUAUAGUCACCAUCAAGGCAAACUAACAAGACUUAUUUUCUGUCAUGUAGUCUACAAACAUGUUUUUAUAUAUAUAAAGGACAGUUUAAAGUAAAGAAAUCAAGUUUUAUUACACCGUACAACUAUAUAUUCCAGUAUAUAUUAAAGGGAUAGUUCACUCAAAAAUGAAAUUUUGCAUAUCAUUUACUUUCAAUUUCUAUGAAGUUAUUUUAAAGAAAGCUGAAAACAUGUAACCACUGACUUCCAUUAUAGGAAAUAUAAACACUAUGGAAGUUAAUGGUUGCAGGUUUCCAACAUAUUUCGAAAUAUCUUUAGUGUUCAACAGAAGAAAGAAGCUCAUAAAGGUUUAAAACAAGUAAAUGCUAAGUAAUAGCAGAUUUAAUUUUUUUUAUGUGAACUAUCCCUUUAAGAAUCACCACUAAAAAUAUAUAUGAUUCCAAGCAGAGAUAUGCAUUUGUGUUGGGUUUCUGUGACAUUCUGUGUCAAGACUGGCCAGUUAAACGUAAGUAGAGUCUUUACAGGAUUACAAGAUAACAUUGUUAGACUAUGAUAAUAACAGGUUGAGAAGCAGUGGCGUACAUUUCCUGCCAGUAUUUUUCCAUACCAAAAACCUCACAGUUUUAAAUUGCACGUGACAAUGUGAAUUCUGAAAAUGUGCUUAAGUAUAAAAAGAAAUGUUAAAAUAACAAUCUGACAUGAUCAGCGAAACAAUCAUCUGUUUAUGAGACGUCUGCAGCUAAUGUGUCGCAUCUGUGGUAAAAUAUCUGCAUCAGUGAAGUGAUCAUUUUUAAUAACGUUAACACGAGACUAAAGUAUUUAUGUUAUUUAGAUGAGAUUUUUUUAAUAUAACUUACAUUAUGUUUUAAAGUAUCUGAAACACAAGAAUUCAGACAGAGUUGUGCUGUUCUCCCCCCUCAAAUAAAAGCCUAUUUUAUCAGAUUAAUAUAAAAACAUUCACUAUACAGGAGAUUGGACUCAUAUCUUCUGUUUUAACACAGUUGUAUCCAUUGAAUAAAAUAAAAGAUUUUAAAGUA